AUGCGUAUGCUAGAUCUGCAUCUCACGCGAACCACAGACGCCAGCACAGCUGCACCUCUCACGCCCUCUUCCCCAGCGCUCACGCCCUCCUCCCUCAAGCCCUCCUCUCCCCAGCUGUACCUCUCACGCCCUCCUCCCCCUGUACCUCUCACGCCCUCCUCCCCGCUGUGCCUCUCACCGCCCUCCUCCCCCAAGCUGCACCUCUCACGCCCUCCUUCCCCCAGGCUGACCUCUCACGCCCUCUUCCCCAGGCGUGCCUCUCACGCCCUCCUCCCCCAGGCUGUACCUCUCACGCCCUCCUCCCCCAAGCUGCACCUCUCACGCCCUCCUUCCCCAGGCUGUACCUCUCACGCCCUCCUUCCCCAGGCUGUGCCUCUCACGCCCUCCUCCCCCAGGCUGCACCUCUCACGCCCUCCUUCCCCAGGCUGUGCCUCUCACGCCCUCCUCCCCCAGGCUGCACCUCUUGGCCAACGAAGACGAAGCUCCCAGAGACACGACCGACGGGAGAAUACAGAGGCUAGCGAAGAUCUCCAUUUGUGCAGCGAGGAACAUGUAAUUUGCACUCUUACUUGCCGUUGUUAG